GCAGCAUCAUUCGAGCAGACCGCAAAAUCAAAUUUCUGAGGCACGUUCCAGCGCUCUUGACAUUCGGAAUUCGCGAGGAACGAGUGAUUAAUUAAGUUUGGAACAAAUUUCCUUUCGCAAAAUGUCGGGGGACGUUCAACCGAGAAAACGAAAAGACAAGAGACGUAAAAAAGCCGAUGGAGAGUAUACUAUUCAAAGGAUACGAGGUGCAAGUUGUGAUGAAGAUGAUGCUGGUACUCCACCACCGACUUUAGUGAAUCCGUCUGAUAAUGUGGAAAAUGUUGCGAUACACGUUCAUAAAGAAACUAGUACGGGAGGACAUUGGUGUGCUAGGAUUAUUUUUUUUACCCUCUCAGCAAUCCUCAUCGGAUUAAUCGGCAUCAUUAUUUUUGAGUACAGAGGAGCAACUGAUGUUGAUACUCCAGUCGCUUCUUCACAAUGGGCAAUGAUUUUCGAUGGUUGGGUGGACGACGCUUCAGUCCUUCAUAAUGAAGAACACACAGAUCAAGAAGCUCAAAGUGGAGAACACGAAGAAGACGAAGUUGACAAAUCUGAAGGAGAUGAAGAUCAUGACGAAGGUCUUGGUCAUGAAGAAGGUUCUCAUGAAGAAGAUGAAGAUGGAGAAGAAGGGGAAGACGAAGAAAAUGAUGAAACUGAUCAAGAUGAUGCAGACUCCGUAGAAGAGGAUGAAGUUGAUUAUGAAGAGAGCAAAGAAAAAGAAGCAUUUAAUUCACCUGAAGAAGGUGAAAUGCUGGAUGAUAGUGAAGAGAAUCAGGAACGGGAUAAUGACGAGGGCUACGAAGAUAAUUUUGAAGAAACUGAUGAGCUUGGUGUACUAGAAGAAGUUGAAAAUUCGAGUUCUGAAGAUAAUAGUAAUGCCAACGAAGAAGAAUUUUCAAAUUAUCCUGAGGUUGAACUUGAUCAUAGUGUUGAAGGUGUUAAAGCAUCUGAGGAAAACUAUGAUGAUGAGGCUUUCGAUGAAUUCACGGCAAUUCCAGGUGUCGACGAAAUUGACAAUAGUGAUGGACCAUUGGAGGAAAUUGAUGAAGAUGAACCAGAAGAAAUUUUGAAUGAUGUUGAUGAAGUGGAGGAAAAGGAGGAGGAAGAAGAAGAAACCUCAAGUGUGGCAGUGAAGUUCGGAGUUGGUGUUGCACUUGUCGUUGCUGCGCACUUUGUUCUCGUAAGACGAUGGAAUAACGGUGAGCCUGAAACUCCAGAAAAUCUAGUUGGAAUCGAGAAACUUCCUGAUUUAUCACGUCGAAAUACCAUAGUGCCUCCUCCACACAUUAAACAAAUUUCAACUAAGCAAUCGACACCAGAAGUGCCCAGUAAAAAACAAACUCAAAAUUACGAAGAUCUGAGGGCAAAGUACAAAACUCUUGGAUCCGAUGAGGCUUUGGAUAAAAUAGAUGUGAAAAAGGUCGUUGAUUUGCAAGCAGAAAAGCUAACUAAGUCUAAAGAAGAAUUGAAUAUCCAAAGUGAGGCAAAAUUAACUUCGGAAGAAGAGGAUUAUACGGAAACUUCAGAAGGUGAACAGAUUACAGAUUCAGAGGAACUUGAGGAUGACGAGGAAGAGGAAGAGGAAGACGAAGAAGAGGAAGAAGAUGAAGAUCUAGAAGAAAUUGAUGAUAGUGAAUUGGUUGCCAAAUUAGAAGCCAAAUACGGAAAAUUGCCAACUCAAACCGAAAGUGAAGGUGAUGAUGAAGAAGAAGAAGAUGAUGACGAAGAGGAUGAUGAAGAAGAAGAAGAAGAAGACGAAGAUAUCAAAGGAUGGAAACACGUUACGGCAUCUAAAGAAGCUGAGGCUGAGGCGACGCGAAAAGCUCAGAUGGGAUUAGAUACAAAAUUUAGUAGCACAGCUGUUCCUAAAAUGAGUAGUAUAGCUAAUGUUUCAACCGCUGCCGAUUUAACUACUAGCGAAGAAUUAAGAAAUCCACAUCUUCAGGGACCUGAUAACUAGUUUCAAUUCUCAUCUCUUCCUCUUUGCACGUUUAUUUUUCAUUAACUCAGUUUUUCAUUGUCUAGAUCAUUAAAAUAGAAUAAAUGCUGCUUACUAAUUUAAACGACCACCUCCCUUGUAAAUAUCUCAGCCAUUACCUAUCACAUGGCUUGCUUUGUGAUUAUAGGAUAGUCAAUAGAGCGAUAAAAUAAUUUAAAUUGUAUAAUUAUUUUGAAUUUUAGACAGCUAUUUGUUUAUAGUUCUCUUGGGAAAUUUUUUACCACUUUAAUUUUAAAAUUGCUGACAAUGAACAUCUAGGCGUCAAUUUCUGAUUAAUGUAACCCUCAACAGAAAUCAGUUCAAUAUUUCUAGCGAGGUUAAAUAAUUUCAAUAAUAUUUGAAAUAACUUCCACACCAAAAAUAUCCUUGCACCUUAUUCUUGACUCUUGGGUCCAAAAACUGACGAGAAGGAUAAGUGGAAAUUGGCAAAUCCGAACCAUUUGGAAUUUAAAUCGAACUUUGGUUGUGAGUAAUAUCGUCUCUACUUUCAACGAGAAAUCCCAACUGUCUCCCAAUUUUAAUGGAAAGUUUAAGCGAGUUGUAUAUUUUUCAAGAGAAGUAUUCAGUUGAAAUGUGUAUGUUUACGAUUAUCUUUGUUAUACAAAAUAAACGAAAAGAAAGGAA